CAAAAACUCACCUAGGAUUAAAGACAAUUUUUUCAAUUUGACGAACUCGAAUUCGUUUUCCAGUUAAAUCGGUACUAUCUACAUGCUCAUAACUUUUCCGAGUUCUACCCAGGGAGGAACUCUUUAAAGGAUUAAAGUCAAAUUUUCAAUUGGACGAACUCGAAUUGGUUUCUCUGUUUGCAAAUAUGACGGAACCUGUCCAACAUCACCCUAUCAACCAACAUUCACAUCAUCAAAACCAGGUUCAACCCUACCAGCCAAACGCAGCCCAAUACCAACAAAACCAAGCUCCAAUGCCGAAUGUAAUGGUUCAACAGCCAGUCGCUCCAACCGUGAUGCAGAUUCAGACACAGUUGGUCACCAGCCAGCCCCAGCCGCUGAGAGAGUGGUCCACCGAUCUCUUCGCGUGUUGUGUAGACUUUAAAACUUGUUGCUGUGCCAUCUGCUGUCUCGGUUGCCUAGUUUCGAAGGUCAAUGAUCGAAUGGGGGAGUGCUGCUGUGUUCCUUACCUUCCUGGUGGGAUGCUGGCAUUGAGAACCAAGAUGCGAGAGCGAUAUCGCAUUCAGGGUGGAAUCUUCAAGGACAACUGCAUCAUUUAUUGGUGUGGUCUAUGCUCUAUUUGCCAGAUGGACCGUGAGCUGAACAUAAUGGAACAGCAGGGACAGUUCUGCCGUAACUAAGAUUACGUCACACUAACUGCAAUUAUAUACAAUUCUGGACAAUGCCUGAUAUAUAAAAUCAGAUAUCGAGACUAAUAACUAAAUAAUUAGAUUAUCUAAAUAAUUAGAUUAUCAAUGAUGUGAUUGUUAGAGAACCGCCACUUAGUGUCCGCGUAUGUUAACACCCAUCUCACAUAAUGGCAACCCCAAACCCGGUGAAUUCAAUGUAAACGCCGCUCAGUGCAAAUGUUAUAUCAAAAUAGAUUAUUCGAUAGUUUUCUGCUUUCUUUUUCUGAAAACCUUAUACUGAGGAUAGUUUUUUUUGGAGUGGGCAUGCGAGAACAACGCACUUCACUUUGUUAUGCCCCACUCCACUCAAACCGAACCAACAAAAACAUACUAUUGGAGUGGAGGAAUGGAAGCAUCGGCGCCUAUCUCACCCAUCCUGAGAUACAGCUUUUUGAUACUCCUACCUCGUAUAUAAAAAAAUAUCGAGAGGCGGAGUAUAUUUUAAAUCACGUGUCUCACCAGUCAAGCAAGGCUUUCCCAAUUUGCCAAGUUGUCGCCAAUUCGGGCUAAAAAAGCCCUCCCCGACUGAACCAGGACUAUACCAUCGGCGGAGCUAAAUCGGGAAUCGAGUUUCACGGUGAUUGCUGCUAGGGACCAAAGCGCCGCGUAGCGGCAAAAAAGGAAUCUGGCGAGACAUUUAUAACGGGGUCACCGUCACUUAUUAUUGGACUUAUAGCGCAUUUACGGGGUUGCAACUAUUUUGCUUUAUAGUGUCACCAGGAAGAAAAGCAUGCGACCUAACGCCGAUCUAUUUGUAUAAACUGAUAAUUGGAAGAUUUAUAGCAGGAAACAUCAA